GAGCUCCACCUGUCCUGCCGCUGUGAUGCCGCCUCCCUCCAGCAGGGGUCGCUGUCUUCUCUCACCGCUCCGCUCUCGUCUCUGCGCUUCGCUCUCGUCGUCGACGCGGAACUCGGAGUGUUUACCUCCCCGCUGGCUCUCUUUGUUCUGGAGCCUCCGAGUGCGGAGAAGCCGCAGAAUGUGCGCCGUGCGGCUGCUGCGGGUGUCGGUCCAUGAGCGGAUCAGCGCCGCCGCCGAAGACUUUCUGCUGCAGCUGGAAAAAGGAGAAGAAGCGGCGGAGCUCCCGGCGCUGAGAGCGCUGCUCACCGAGCGGCUAACGGCGGCUGCGGAGGAGAUCGUCGGUCUGUUGGAGGAAACCGUGGCGGAGUACGAAGACCGAGUGGAGCGGUCGGAGCGGGAGAUCUGCCGCCAGAGGAGGCUGCUCGAUGCCGUGCUGAAGCCCGAAGUCCGGCUGCACCGAGCAGAUUUGCAGCAGCUGUUGGUGAACAAUGAAAAGAAGAAGAAGAUGGAACGAUCAGGUUCAGAAACUUCUCCUGAAGCUGAGACUGAUGGCAGCUGGAAUCAGCUGAAGAACAGAAAACUAGAAACUCAAAAUGGAACGAAAGGUCACACGGGGAAAAACCGUUUCAGUUGCUCUCUGUGUGGUAAAAGCUUCUCUAAGAUUGCUGGUCUGAGCUACCACCUGAAAAUUCACUCAGGAGAGAAAUCCUUCAGCUGCUCAGUUUGUCGUAAAAAGUUCCGUAAGAAGGGACAUUUAAAAUAUCAUGUAUUGAUCCACACGGGGGUGAAACCGUUCAGCUGCAGCGUCUGUCAUCGAACAUUCCGGUGGCCAUCACAGAUCAAAAUCCACAAGUGUGUUCAAGAAGCGCCUCAGUGCCUCCAUAACAAACUUAAAAAACCGCUGAGCUGCUCAACUUGUGGUGAGAAGUUUUCAGAUGGAUCGCUGCUGACGUCACACAGGAGGAUCCACCAGGAGAAGAAGAAGAUGCUGAGCUGCUCAGUCUGUGGCCUGCAGCGGCGGUUUCAUUCACAAAUGAAACUGCACAUGAGGAGCCACACCGGAGAGAAACCAUACAGCUGCUCCAGCUGCUCCAAGAAGUUCUCACGGAAAGCCAUGUUAACGCAACACAUGGUUGUGCACUCAAAGGUGAAACCAUUCAGCUGUGUUGAGUGUGGGAAAAGAUUCUGUUGGAACUUUCAGAUCAAAAAACACAGAUGUCCUGCAAAGCUGUCGGCAGCAGUUGGACUCUUCAAACAAGCCACAUAUAAAAAGUCUAAAGAAUCUGUCGAAUCUGAGGACAGUGACAGCGACUUCUGGAGAAAGACCAGGAAACAUUGGUCAGGUUUCACUUAUAACAGGACUAGAAAUGACAGAGAGAGCAACAGAGAAUAUAUCAAUAUGAUGAAACCAUUACGCUGCCCCAACAAUGAGACAAAAGCUGAACAUAAGAAUGAAGCCAGAGAUACUCCAUCUGCUUUAACCUCUGAGCAAUAUUGCAAAGUCUCUGAGACACUUAACAGAAAGACUGUCAUACAAAAGUUUGCAUGUAGAGAAGGUCUGAGCCAACACAUGUUCCAUACAGAGAUACAGAUGGAGGUGAAGCAGGAGAAACCAGAGACCACAGACAUUAAAGAGGAGCAAACAGAACUGGAGCUCACAGGUCUUAAAGAGGAGCAGCAGGAUACUGAUACAGCUGAAUGCAUCUUCAGUUCUGUCCCCUUGAAGACUGAAGACGACGAAGAGAAACCUCAGUCCUCAAAGCUCCAUCACAGACACUCUGUGGAAAAACCACAUCCAGUUUCACAGCCUGAUAAUGAGAUGUCAGACCCCUCAGAGACAGACGUCAGUGAUGGCGACUGGGAAGAAACCAGUGAAGCUUGGUCAGAUUUGAACGGCCCUGUGGUGCCUUUGAGCUGUAAUGACCAGAAGUCAUUUGUCUGUCCAGUCUGUGGGAAAAUCUUUGGCCGGAAGGGGAAUCUGGAGACACACUUAAGGACUCACACCGGAGAAAGACCAUUCAGCUGCCACCUCUGCAACAAAACCUUCACUACCAAGUUAAUUAUGAAGAUGCACAUGUCUGUUCACACUGGAGAGAAACGCUUCACCUGCCACGUCUGUGGGAAAAAGUUCAACUGGCACUCACAGAUUAAAUACCACAAAUGUGUUCAGAACCAAACUGCAGAAGCAGAACUACACCUGGGAACAACGUCUGUUAAAACUGAUAACACAGAAUCUCAGUCAGGAUCAAACUGUGAUGAUGAGAGUGAAGAUGGUGAAGUUUUUACUCAGAGCAGAUGUCUGCAGACAAACUGUCAGACACGUGAAAACUCUGGGAGUCAUUCUGAUGAGAAACCGCUGAAGAAUGAGAGUCAAAGAGAACUUGAAGACAGAGACGCUCAACUGACACACCCGAGACAGUCGACCGCAGAGAAACCGUUCAGCUGCUCACUCUGUGGGAAAGGAUUUGCUACAGGAGGAUGUCUGACACGACACACAUCAAUCCACACCGGAGAGAAACUACUCAGCUGCUUCAUCUGUGAGAAAGACCAGCAGGACCAGCAGGACCUUGAGCCCCCUUACAUUAAAGAGGAGCAGGAGGAGCUGUGGAGUAGCCAGGAGUCAGAGCAGCUUCAAGGCCUGCAGGAAGCAGAAAUCACCAAGUUUACCUUCAGUCCUGUUUCAGUGAAGACUGAGGAUGAUGAGGAGAAACCACAGUCCUCACAGCUUCAUCACAGACACUCUGUGGGAGGACCAGAACCACAUCCGGACCCAGAUCGACGUUUGCAGCCAGUUAGUGAAGAAAAUUCUUUGGACUCCACUGAGACCGACGAUAGUGACUGUGAUUGGACACAAACUAACGAAGCCCAGUUGGGUAUUGAGGACAUUAGAAACAGUGACGUCACUGACGGUGAUCUGCAGACAGCAGUGAAGGAGAGACCGUUUCCUUGCUCAUACUGUGGAAAAAGGUUUAGCCUCAAGGGAAACCUGAACAGACACAUCAGAGACCACACAGGUGAACGGCCCUUUCCCUGCACAGACUGUGACAAAUCCUUUAAAGACAGCGGAUCACUAACGGCACACAUGAGGUGUCACACCGGAGAGCAACCAUACAGCUGCUUAUUCUGUGGGAAGAACUUCAGUGGCAGAGGAAAUAUGACCCGACACAUGAGGAUCCACACGGGAGAGAAACCCUUCACCUGCUCUGUGUGCAGCAAGAGCUUUCAUGUGAAAGAACACCUCAACAGACACAUGAAGUACCAUACUGGGGAGAAACCCUUCAGUUGCUCCAUUUGUGGGAAGGGCUGUGCUCAGAAAACUGAUUUAAAGAAACACAUGCGGGUGCACACCGGGGAGAAACCAUUUAGUUGCCCCUUUUGCGGGAAGUGCUGUGCAGAGAAAGGAGACUUGACAAAACACAUGAGAGUUCACACUGGAGAGAAACCCUUCAGCUGCAACAUCUGUGGAAAGAGCUGUGCCCAGAAGGGGAGCCUGAAGAUUCACAUGAGAGUUCACACCGGCGAGAAACCUUUCAGCUGCUCUGUCUGCGGCAAAUGUUUCACCGUCACUGGACACCUGAAAAGACAUAUGAAGCUGCACACAGCCGACAGUCAGCCAAGUGAAUCUCUAGGUUCACAGGCAGCCAAACUUCAGACUGAAGUUAAAAUUGACGAAGGAGCGAACACGUCAUGAACAGGAAGUGUAGCCAAGUUCAUGCAGCUGUUCCAACUGUCACUGCAGAGUUAAUGACAAUAGAAAUGUUUAUCAGUGAUGUUGAAUACGAGACGAUGGGUGAACAUCUUGAAAAUGUUCUCAUAAAACCAGAUCAAACCUUCGCUAUGGUUUAUGGUUGCUUGUAUUGGAAAGUUUCAAACCUUGUUGGCUGCAGCCUCAAAGAGUCUGAGGAACCUGCUGCUGCUGUGUGGAUGCAGAGUAGGAACAGUGACAAUGGCUUUGCAGCCAUUUGAAUCAGGACUCAACAGAUUCAACAGACAUGAACAAAUGUUUAUAUGCACUUGUAAAGAUGAUGUAUAUCAAGACAGUAGUAAGUUCCAGUGAUUUCUUGGACUCUCAUUUUUGAUGAUGGAACCAUUGAAGCACAUGGAUCUUUGUCUUUG